AUCCUUUCCCUUGCCCUUUCCAAAGCUUGCCUGAUUAAUUAAGUGUUUUCUUUUUAACAAACUUUUUUGUUCAUGGAUUGAAAAACCAUGCAUCCUGUAUUUUAUCUUCCAUCAUCGUGGAUUGGGUAUGUAAUAAUGAAUAUGUAAUAAUCAAUUCUGCAUUAUUUUUCUAUUCCCUUAUUGACAAUGUAGCUUUGCUUGUAGCACAUGCUUGUGAAGUCACUUGGAGUAACUGGUUUAUUUGUUACAAUCAAUUGAGGGGUGAAGUUGUUUGGGUUUCAAAAUGCAGUUGUAACAUACAUCUAUAGAAAUAGGUAAACUAUAAACAAAUUUAGGAAUUUUGAGAUCUGAUGACCCCAAUGAUUUUAAAUCAAUGUUCUGAGACUCUGCUCAGACCUUGGACUUGGCCCUGGCUUUAUCUGAGUUAUAGGGCUGAGUCCACUCCUGCACAACACCAAAAUAGGCUAAAAAAUCCAAAAGAAAAUGUAAAAGAAUAAAAAAUAGCAAAAGCUAAAAUAAGUAAUAGAAAUCAUUACAGACUAUAUUUAAGCAAAUUUUGUGAUUUUUAUGGGAUUUUAAGCAGAGGAUGCCUUAGGAGUUUGGAUACGGUACGAUGCACUUUCAAAUCCGUUGUCGGACAAAUAUGUGUAUCUUGACUAAUGGCCGAUUAUAAAAGACCAUCAAUUCAUCUUAAUUCGAACAGACUUUGGGACAUAUACUCCCCAGACCAUGAUACGCCUUUCCACAUGAUAUUAAACGGUUCGAUGCGGUACGAUUCAGCUUUUGAAUCUGUGGGCUACUAAAGGAGUAUUUGUCAGAUGGAGCAUAAGGAAACCUCACCAUAUGAUAUCACAUUGAGGUAUGUCCUUGCAAAUAUAUCCAUUGCAAAAAUCAUACAAAUUGGACAUCAUUCGGCCCACUGGCCUGAUUCAUCAAUGGUCAAGAUAUGCCUUGACCAACAACCCUGAACUUGAUAGUUUGGGGAUUGAUCCGAAACUCUUGAGAAAUGAUAUUUGAGGAAUUAUAUCCCUCAUCCUAAUGUUUCAGGUCAUUCGGAGUUGGCCUAACUCAUCAUCCGCAUUCGUCGGUAGCCAAAUUCUUAUGCGUCGACUGCCAGGCAGAAAGCCACGGUACCUCGAGUCACUAAUAUUGAGAUUUCUCUCAAUCUAUAAAGAAUUUUCUCUUGAGACCUGGACCAUUAGAUUCCUAAUCCAAUGCCCUAUUAUCCAUAAAAGUGCAGCAUCACAUCAAUCUCUUAGGAGAAUGUGAGUCAUAAAAAACUAUAAAAGAGUUUGACCGCCUCCUAAUGAUUUCUCCCAUGAUAUGGAGAAUCUUGAACCCGAUGUUUUUGGAGAUAUGUGUCAUAGUCCCCUCCAUAAGAUUAUUAUAUCCCCAAGGUCUAUAAUCCCCUGUGUUGGAAGCAGUUGUACACGGAAUCCUUAGAUUUGCUGUUGUAAUUUGCAGCAUAAAUGAGUUCACUAUGACAAGCCAUAUCUCUCUUGUUUGUGAUCCAUUUGAAGUGAGGUUUGAACCAUUGUGUUCAUCUUUGAGUCCUCUAUCAUCUCCCAAAAUUCAAGAAGAACGAAUUCGUCAUUAGAAAGUAGCAGAGGAAACACUCAGACAUGUCAACAUAUCGUUCUGCAAAUCGAUUGACAAUGGAUAAGAAAUAACUGAUUACCUCGAUUUUCUCAUCAAUAUCGUGAUAAAUCUUGGCAGUUGCGUAUUCAAAUUCGAACAUCAAGACAAGAUCAAGAUCAAGCAACGACAGAGUUAUCAUUAAAACCAUCCGGAAGCGUUUUGAAAUUCGAACAAAUAUACAAGCUUAUAUUUUUAAACCGAAUCAUGAGAGAUAGAUGAAUAUGGUCAAUGAUUUAGAUAUGCUUCACAGACUUUCAUCCUUAUCAUUUUAGGAAGUCUAUUUAAACCCACUUCUCAGUGAGAGGGGAGGAGAGCGAAAUUGAUACAUGCCUCAUUUCUAUUUUGUGUGUGAUAAAGAGAUAGAGAGAUAAGAAAAGUGAUUACUCAUUGGACCAUCGGUCAAGAAAUAGGCCCUCGAUAUUGCCAUCUUCUGAUCUGUGGUGCAGAAAUCAUUAAGAGAGAGGAAGGUUGUUGAUCCCACCUCACUUGAAGCCUCAGCUCAAGAAGGAGCAGACCUAUGGACAAUACCCUUGCACAUAGUCAGUUUAGAUGGAGCACCGUUAUGGACAGGGCAAUACCAGAUCCACCAACUGCUGUUCUUUUGCAUGGUAUUCUUGGUGCCAGGAAGAACUGGGGAUCAUUUGCAAGAAGACUGGCACAAGAAUUUCCCACGUGGCAGUUCCUCUUGGUCGAUUUGCGCUGCCAUGGUGACUCAGCUUCAAUCUACAAAAAUGCUCCUCAUACAGUUGCCUCAGCAGCACUGGACGUUUUAAAGCUGGUAGCACAGCUUAGAUUAACUCCUCGAGUAUUAGUCGGUCACAGCUUUGGAGGCAAAGUUGCCUUGAGUAUGGUGGAUCAAGCUGCUAAGCCUCUUCCUCGUCCCGUUAGAGUUUGGGUAUUGGAUGCCACUCCAGGUAAAGUUCGUGCUGGUGGAGAUGGGGAGGAUCAUCCUGCUGAACUGAUUGCUGCCUUAAGUAAAAUGCCAAAACAGGUAUCAUCAAAGCGGGUUGUUGUUGAAGCUCUAGUUCAAGAAGGCUUCUCUAAGGAUGUGGCGCAGUGGGUGGUUACCAAUCUCAAACCUGCUGGACCUCCUGAUUCAAUACCAGCAAGCUUUUCUUGGGUCUUUGACCUCAAUGGCCUCACAGAAAUGUACAAGUCUUAUGAAGAAACAAACCUAUGGAAAGUAGUAGAAGAUGUUCCACGAGGAGUUCAUGUGAACUUCUUGAAAGCUGAGAGAAGUUUGCAUAGAUGGGCACUCAAGGACAUUCAGAGAAUACAUGCAGCCGAGGAGCUGGCUAUAGACGAGGGCGGUGGGGUUGAAAUGCAUGUGCUCGAGGAUGCCGGACAUUGGGUACAUGCAGACAACCCAGAUGGGCUCUUCCGAAUUCUCUCAUCUUCCUUCAAUGGUUACAAAUAGCACCUGUAAUUCUAGAUUCCAACUUGGAACUCUCUCUAAGCUAUAUGCUAAAUGGUGGGGAUUGUUAACCAUAGGAGUUGUGCUUUUUUAUCUUUAAAUUAGAGUUGAGGAUAUUGUUAUUUCCUAUAUAAAUUUAGGGGAGGGAAGAAUAGGGUUAGGUGUAUGUAUGUAUCAUUUUUUAUUCUUUGUUUAGUGUCAUGGACCUCAAAAUAUGUAAAAAUUUUGGGUUUAAUGGUUUGGCUUUGCUCAGACAGCCAAUUUUGGUUGAUCCCCAGACCCACUUGUUCUACUAUGUCCGGCUUUCCAAAUCCGCCUUGGAUGUGAAUUUUAGAUUCAAAAGUUCUGAGGUCUAUCAUCUUGACCACCACAAUCAUGAAUAUGCAAUAAAGAAAUGAAAUUUGAGCAGAUC